CGCUCAGCACUCAACUGUUCAUAAUUACCGUCGCCGCAAGGACUGGCAAGCGUUCGUCAUCCAGCUCGAGGCGCCCCCUGCGCAAGAAAUGCUCACUCGUUGGAAUGAACAAUGUCAGCUCUGGUUUAAAUAGCUGCUUUGCCUCCCUCAUUCACUGCCCUCUACGCACACGCACUCGCUCAGCCACCUUGCUCUCAUUGAAUCUCCUUUGCUGGUCUAGGAAUUCAUUGUUUCGUUCUCAGACUCUCAUUCAAAAGCAGUCCAUGACUCUUUGCACUUCACAAGUUUGAACCUUUACCACCAGUCUCUUACCAAUCCGAAAUUCAAAUCCAUAAAAUGCUCUGCAAAACCAUCCUUUUGGCUGGAGCUCUCGCGCUUGGUACCUUUGCCGCACCUAUUCCCGACUGCCCUGAGAAAGAGAACUCAUACACCGCCCCUUCGACCGACAAUAAGACGGUCACUGGCUCUGUGACUGCAGACCAGCUUACCCAGAUCGCCCCGGAGGCUGCAUCCUGCUCUGGCGCACCAUUUCCAGAGGAAUGCGCUGAUGCCACCGCUGCGGCGACUGCCCUCAACAAAUCCUUCGACACAUAUGGCAUCAAGACUGCUGGAGAGAAGGCAGCACUUAUUGCCUACACCCUGUUUGAGUCCGGCAACUACAAGUACAGCAAAAACCACUUUCCUGGUCGUCCUGGUCAGGGAACCCGUAUGAUGGCCAUGCCUCCAUUCAUCGCAAAGUACGCCACUGCUGUCGCUGGCGCAGAAGCUGUUACUACAGCAAACGCCGUAGGAGGUGAUGCUGGACUGGACGCUGUUCUUGCCCUCGUCAACAGCGACGAUGAGAAGAGCUUCGGCAGCGCUGCCUGGUUCUACAGCACACAGUGCCAAGAGGAUGUCAAGGCAGGUGUUGCUGCCGAGACCAUUGAGGGCUGGCACAACUUCUUGACAGCGUGCGUCGGCACCACUUUGGAUGAGACUCGCGAUACCCCGUGGGUCACUGCUAAGGCCGUCAUUCUUGCUUAGAGUUUUGUCUGGACGAGUUUGAGAUAGCUUAUGAUGGUGACGAGUAUAUUUUUAUUGGGAGCGUAGGAGCUAGGAGUAUCUUUGCGUCAAUACCUUUUGUAUUUUCCUCAAUUGUAACAUUCAACCUUCAUUCGUAUCGCUGCUGUGAAUCGUUCACAUUGUCUCG